CUCCAAUGACAAGAAACACAAGCAUUCCAGCUCUCUCUAUGUUUGAUCAGACAUCAUGGCUGUGGCAACCAAACCUCAUCCAUUUUCACUGUACGAAAUACAAUUUCGAAACAACAGAAUAUCAAGAACCAUAGAAAUCAUUAUCCUAUUCCUUCUGCUAUCACUCAUUAGCUAUAGACUCUUCUCUCUGGGCACCCAUAAUGAUAAUGACCACAUCAUCCCUUGGCUUCUCGCUCUCAUCUGCGAGGUUUGGUUCACUUUCGUUUGGAUUCUCACUAUCAACUGUAAGUGGAAUCAAAUCCAAACCAAAACAUACCCUCAACGCCUCUUGCAAUGGUUGGGGGAUGGGACAUCCGAGUUUCCAGCUGUGGAUAUGUUCGUUACGACGGCCGACCCGGAACUGGAACCGCCGAUUAUAACGGUCAACACGGUGCUAUCUUUGUUGGCUGUGGACUAUCCGGCGAACAAGCUAGCCUGUUAUGUGUCGGAUGACGGCGCAUCCCCCCUCACCUUCUACGCCCUCGUCGAAGCAUCCAAGUUCGCUAAGCUUUGGGUUCCCUUUUGUAAGAAGAAUAACGUCGCCGUUAGAUCUCCGUUUCGAUACUUCCAUGCCAACUCAACUUUCCCCCAAGAUAGCUGCUUAGAAUUUAAACAUGAAUGGAGGAAAAUGAAGGAUGAAUAUUCAAAGCUUUGUGGGAAGAUAGAAGAAGCAAGUCAACAGUCUUUACUAUGUCACCUUACUGGCGAGUUUUCAGUUUUUGCAAACAUUGAACGACAAAACCACCCAACUAUCAUAAAGGUGAUUUGGGAGAACAAAGAAGACAUUGAUAAUGGUGAUGGUGUGCCUCAUCUAAUAUAUAUCUCCAGAGAGAAGCGUCCAAAGCAUCCCCAUCAUUAUAAGGCUGGAGCCAUGAAUGUUUUGACAAGAAUGUCGGGAGUGAUGACAAAUGCACCAUUUAUGUUGAAUGUGGACUGUGACUGUUAUGCAAAUGACCCAAAAGUAGUAUUACAUGCCAUGUGCUUCCUGCUUGGAGCUGAGGAUGAAAAGGAUGCCGGAUUCGCUCAAUUUCCUCAGAGCUUCAUUGGUGGAUUGAAGGAUGACCCUUUUGGAAACCAAUUGAAAAUUAUAAUGGAAUAUCUAGGGCGAGGGAUGGCUGGGAUUCAAGGACCAUUUUACCAAGGAACAGGAUGCUUUCAUAGAAGAAAGGUUAUAUAUGGCAUGUCGCCAAAUGUGGCUAACGCUAGUGGGAAAUCAGCUGACAAGGACCAGUGGUUAACGUAUGGCAAAUCAAAAGUCUUCACUUCAUCAAUCGCUCAAAUUUUAUCUGGAUCUUUAUAUCCUCAGAUUCCCAUAUUCUCCAAUUCCCUUGAUGCCGCUAAGGAAGUUGCAAGUUGUGGCUAUGAAUCUGGCACUGCUUGGGGCCAAAAGGUUGGGUGGAUGUAUGGAAGCACAACAGAAGACGUCCUAACCGGUUUAAGUAUUCAUAGUAAGGGUUGGAAAACCGCCUAUUGUGAUCCUGAGCCGCCCGGGUUUUUGGGAAGUGCACCAACAGGUGGGCCGGCCGCAUUGACCCAACAAAAACGAUGGGCCACUGGGCUUAUGGAAAUACUAAUCAGCAAGAAAAGCCCAAUUCUUUCCACCCUAUUUCGGAGGCUCCAGUUCAGGCAAUGCUUGGCCUAUCUAUGGGUUAUGGUUUGGCCCAUUAGGCCCAUUUUUGAAAUAUGUUACGCUCUUCUCCCCGCAUAUUGCAUCAUCAACAAUUCUCACUUCCAACCAAAGCUAAACGAAGCCGCCAUUGUUAUACCAGCUUCCAUUUUCAUCGUCUACAACUUGUACACUCUAUUCGAAUACAUCGACGCCGGAGAGUCGCCGCGGGCGUGGUGGAACAACCAGAGAAUGUUGAAGGUGAAUGCAUCUGCGGCGUGGUUGUUUGGACUCCUAAGUGUGAUAGUUAAGGUUGUUGGGUUAUCUGAAACGGUGUUUGAAAUCACGAAGAAAGAUCAUUCGAGCGAUGGUGGUUUAGACGAGGAGGAGGACUCCUACGUUGGAAGGUUCACGUUUGAUGAAUCUCCGCUGUUUGUCCCUGGCACAACCAUUUUGCUGGUGAACUUGGCAGCUUUGUUCAUUGGAUUUCUGGAUUUUAAACAAAAGAAGAGUUGGAGUUUAGAAGCAAUAUGUAGUGUUUGGGUAAUAUUAAUGUAUUGGGCAUUUCUUAAGGGGUUGUUUGGAAAGGGAAAGUAUGGGAUUCCAUUAUCCACUGUUUUAAAGUCCGGGGGAUUGGCACUGCUCUUUGUCCAUGCCUCCAAAUUCAAAUACUGAUCUCUAUUACUUGUUAAAGUCAUUAUAUUUUC